GUAUGAGGUCCGGAAACAUCAGGAGUCCCCAGCUAGUGACAUGGGCGAUAUGGAUCAAUUCAUAAACAACUUGAAGGCCCAGCUUAAUUCAGAAAGUGGCUCGAUGCAUGUAUUCAAACAGGUCACUGGCUCUGUUCAAAUCAGAGAUCCCCCAAAGACAGCAGGCAGAAGUAAUAUGACAUCUCUACCAUUUCUGGAUGCCAACCCCAUGGAGAACCCAGCACUGUUUAAUGACAUCAAGAUCGAGCCCCCAGAAGAACUUCUGGCCAAUGAUUUCAGCCUGCCCCAGGUGGAACCAGUCGACCUCUCCCUUCACAAGCCCAAGGCUCCUCUCCAGCCUGCCAGCAUGCUGCAAGCGCCAGUCCGUCCUCCCAAGCCACAGCCUGCUCCCCAGACUCCUGUAGUGUCCCCUUCGACAUCUGAUGCAGGCACUUUAGCAAACAUCCCUACCGUUCUGACUCCAGGCUCUAUUCUGGCCUCCUCUCAGGGCACUGGUGGCCAGCAGAUCUUCCAUGUGAUUCACACCAUCCCCUCAGUCGGUCUGCCAAAUAAAAUGAGUGCCCUGAAGACCAUCCCAGUAGUGGUACAACCGCUGCCCAUGGUGUAUACUGCUUUGCCUGCAGAUGGGAACCCUGCAGCCAUUACAGUCCCACUCAUUGGAGGAGAUGGCAAAAAUGCCGGAUCAGUGAAAGUUGACCCCAUGUCCAUGUCUCCACUGGAAGUCCCAAGUGACAGUGAGGAAAGUGCAAAUGAGAGUGGAUCCUUGGCCUUACAGGGACUACAGCAAGAACCAGCAGCAAUGACUCAAAUGCAGGCAGAAGAGUCCCUUGACUUGAAAAGAAGACGGAUUCACCAAUGUGACUUUGCAGGAUGCAGCAAAGUAUACACCAAAAGCUCUCACCUGAAGGCCCACCGCAGAAUCCAUACAGGAGAGAAGCCUUAUAAAUGCACCUGGGAUGGCUGCUCCUGGAAAUUUGCUCGCUCAGAUGAGCUCACUCGCCAUUUCCGCAAGCACACAGGCAUCAAGCCCUUCCGGUGCACAGACUGCAACCGGAGCUUUUCUCGCUCUGACCACCUGUCCCUGCACCGCAGGCGCCAUGACACCAUAAGCACAAAGGCAAUUUCCCAGAGCCCUUCAGACACUGCUCAGUUCAACUUCACCAGUUACAUUUCUCUCUCCCCACUUACUGUACCCUGAACAGUAUAGGUAGGAGGGAAGUGAGGUGGGAUGUUUGGGGUGGGAGCGGGGUGGAAGAGGAUGCAAUUUAUACCAGUGGCAGGAUAUUUCUUUGAUUCUCACUCUGGUUUCACCUUCCAUUUCCUUUUCUGAUGGUGGAUUGAGGGCUGAGGGAGAGAUAUUCUUUUGUUAACUGUUAAACUCUCUUUCGCUUCCAGUAGAUGUUUCCCAGGGUCAGUAGUUGUGUUGGACAUUACUUUUUAAGUAUAUUGUAUGCAGUGCUGUUUUUAUUGUAUUUCUGAAUGAAAAGAGGAAGAGAAUCCCUAGUAUUGUCCAUCCCUGGUUUUUGGCAGGAGGUCACAGGGGCAGAGCAGUCCCAGAAACUUUUUUGUGUAUGUAUGUUGGGGAAAGGAGCUCGAAGUGAAGGGACUGACUGCAUUUUUUUGUCAAUGUUAGUUUGUUUAAAGAAAUUACAGAACAGUAUAUAAGCUUUAGUCUCUAUAACUCUUAUGUUUGUGCCUCGUUAUUUCAGUGCUUUAGAGCAGCACCCCAUUUUCCUCUAUGUUAUACUAGUUCUUGCUCCAGAGAUAUGGCUUUGAGGCUAGGAUCAUGAACAAUCUCUUAUAUACGAGCCUGUUGUGCACCUGGAAAUACUCAAGGAUUUCCUCAGCUAGCAUGGCCACUUUAGAGGUUACUCUGUUCUAACCUAAAGAGACUCUCCCUCUGUGGCAUCCGGGCAGAGUGUGUGCUUGGGUACUAAGCAAUCUUGUUAUGUUUGAUUAUUGUACUUUUUUAUUAAUAAAAUAUUUUAA